GUUUGUUUGGGUUUUUUAAGGAUGAAAUUCUGAAAGCAGCUGUGAUGAAAUAUGGCAAAAACCAGUGGUCUCGUAUUGCUUCUUUAUUGCACAGAAAAUCAGCAAAGCAGUGCAAAGCCAGAUGGUAUGAGUGGCUAGACCCGAGCAUCAAAAAGACAGAGUGGUCACGAGAAGAAGAGGAGAAACUGUUGCACCUGGCCAAGCUCAUGCCAACCCAGUGGAGAACCAUUGCCCCAAUUAUUGGGAGAACUGCUGCACAGUGUUUGGAACACUAUGAAUUUCUGCUGGACAAAGCUGCACAGAGAGACAAUGAGGAAGAAACUGCUGACGAUCCUCGGAAACUUAAACCUGGAGAAAUUGAUCCAAAUCCAGAAACCAAACCAGCCAGGCCAGAUCCUAUUGACAUGGAUGAAGGUAAGAUAGGAAUUUGUUUACCAUUUUUGACAGCAGUCUGA